AUGUGCGCAAAGUACAAGUUUCAAAAACCCAACGAUCGUAGAGCUUUAGAUCUCAUGAACGUAGCCGCCAUGGCUGUUGUUACGGAUAUCCCCGAGAUCAUCAUAGCAUACGGUGUCAGUGACGAGUAUAGUUUCGUCCUCCACAAGUCCUGUGACUUGUUUGAGCGACGUGCGAGCAAGUUGGUCAGCACCAUCGUAUCUACCUUCACAGCGAAUUACGUAUUUUCGUGGCCCACAUGCUUCCCCGAUACGCCACUCUCCUUCCCUCUACCAACUUUCGAUGGCCGAGCAGUAUGUUACCCAAGUGUCCAGAAUCUACGUGACUAUUUGAGUUGGCGGCAAGUAGACUGUCACAUAAACAAUUUGUAUAACACUACAUUCUGGUCCCUCGUCCAGCUUGGUGGGCUUGACAACAAGGAUGCUGAAAGAACACUAGCCUAUGAACUAGUCGAUCCCGGUAGUCACUCGGUUGCUGCAGAGAUGGACGAUUUGGCCGAGCCUGUAACACAAUCGAAAACUCAGACUGAAAAAGAUAAAAAGAGAAGGGCUAAGGCGCGGGUCGUGGUACAGCACUUGGACAUCAUCAAAGAUGACUUCUGGGAUAGAAGACCGUGGAUAUUAUCGAAUAAGCCAGGAAAAGCUCCAAAGGAAACAUAG